AGAGAAAGGGAAAGAGAGAGCGAGAGAGAGAGAGAGAGAAAGGGAAAGAGAGACAGAGAAAGGGCAGGGGGACAGGGAGGGAGAGUGGCAGAGGAAAGGGAAGGAGCUGGACAGACAGGUUGAGAUAGAGAGGGGGGAAAAGCAAGAGACGAGAAGGCCGGAUAGAGAAAAAGUAGCAGUUUAUAGAGAGAGUCACAGCGGGAGAUAGAGGGUAAAAUCAGUGUUAUGGUGUGAUUGAAGAGAAAGAUUGAGACAUUGAGAGAGAAAAGGAGUGAGAAAGACGGAUAAAAGAAGGAAUGGGGAGUGAUAGAGGACUAGAGGCAACAGGGAAGACUAAAUGAUUGAUUUGGGUAGUUAAAGACACUGAAAUAAAGGGAGAUUGUUCGGGAAAGAGUGAUAGAAGAAUAAUAAAUAACAUUAGCAUAUUGUGGUGUUAGAGGGCUAGAGGAAGACAGGAGGUCUCAGAGAGGGUGAGACAGGAAAAAGUGAGAGCACAGAUACCGGGACAUCUGUGGUCCGAACAGGUGAGAGUGUGUAGCGGGAAACCUGAGCCAGCAGCAUAAUGUCACUGACUGAAUCUGAGGAUCUGGAAGAAGAACAGGGGCCUUAUCUAGGGGAAUAUGAAGGCGAGCGGAAUGCAGAUAACGAGAGGCAUGGGCAAGGGAAAGCGGUGCUGCCCAAUGGGGACACCUAUGAAGGAUCCUAUGAGCAUGGCAAAAGACAUGGCAUGGGAACAUACAGAUUUAAGAACGGAGCCCGUUAUCUGGGAGAAUACUUGCAAAACAAAAAGCAUGGACAGGGAAUCUUCUACUAUCCGGAUGGGUCUAAGUAUGAAGGGAAUUGGGCAAAUGAUCAGAGGCAUGGAGACGGAACUUACUACUAUCCAAAUGGUGAUACAUACAGUGGAGAAUGGCUUGCUCACCAAAGGCACGGACAGGGGACCUAUGUCUAUGCCCUUACAGGAUCGAAAUACGUGGGAAACUGGGUUCAUGGAAAACAAGUAGAGGCUGGAGAGCUCAUUCACCUUAAUCACCGAUACCAGGGCAAUUUUCUCAGUAACAAUCCUAUCGGCCGAGGAAAAUACAUCUUUAACUUUGGAUGUGAGCAGCACGGUGAAUAUCUUCAGACAGAACAGGAUAAGACUGAAGAAGAAAUAGAGGAGGAAGACUUGGUGACUGCGAUCGUUCUGAAGUGGAAGGCAGAGAAGAUCUCAGGAUUGACCUUAUAUUCACCAACAUUUGAGUCUGAACUCACUAAAGAAGCCGAAGAGAAAGCUGCUGAACAGGCAAAAGCAGCUGCGACAGAUGAACUUGAUUUGGAGGCCCCUCUGACAGAUGCUGUUGAGAAGGAGGCCCCAGUAUCAGAAGCCCCUGAGCCAGAGGACCCUGCAACAGAAGCUGCCGAGGCAACUGCCCCUGCCACAGACAGUGAUGGGAUGGAAGCAUCUCCCACAAAUGCUCUGGGGACAGAGGCUCCAGUAGCCUACCCCUCUGAGGCAGACGACACUGAGGAGAAGGCCAAAGAUGCAGAAGACGCAGGCAGGCCUAAUGUACUUCCUGACGAUAUGUCUGCUGUCUUCGAGGAAGGUGCUGAGGCAACUGCCGAAGCCGAGGCUGAGAAAGACUGAAGGAAGACUGCUGAUGAAACUGAAUACUAUACAAAGUUUUAAGGAGGAGAAGACCAGGCUAGGAAAUUCAUCCAUGCAUUGGCUAGAAAUACCAAACAAUAUAUAGAAACACAUGCCCUAUAAACUUUACUGAUUGUCACUGCAAGGUGAUUUAACAAAUGCUGUAGUAUGAAUCAAUACUCUGUCCAAAAUAAUUCCUUCAAGAAUAAAUGUUGUUGUAAAAGUUUAGAAACUUUUCAUGUAUACUGCAAAGAAUUUCCACCUGUGUCAAUACUACCUAACAAUACAAGCUGGAGUUGGCCGUGUCAGGAGCCCAUUGGCACUUGAAUCAACCAUAUAUACUUCAGCUGAGCAAGGAGGAACGUUCAGAUGGGUAAUUGGUUUACUCUUAUCACAUGUAUUGAGAGACAAUGAAAAGUCAUCCAGAGAGUUCAUCUCAUGCAUAUGUACAUUGAGGAAAAUAAAAUGCAGAAUAUGGGGUCAGUUACAGUGAAAUACAGUGCAGGGUACAGAAUAUAGUGUUAGGAUACAGACAAAAGGCAGAUAAGUGAAGUGCACGAGCCACGACAUAGUGAACUGAGAGAUCAACAAUUCAUCUUUAUCAUAUAUAAGAUCUGAUCAAGAUAUGGGCAAGCCUAUUCUGAAUCCAAACAGCCAAGUUUCCUUGGAUUCCAUGCCUCCUGACUUUCUGAAUGAGCAUACCUUGACAACCUUAUCAAAUGCCACAUACACUGAUCUACCUCAAUCAAUGCAUUUUGUUACAUCAUCAAAGAACUCAAUCACACUUGUGAGGUAUGAGCCCCUCAUCACUUGUAAAUCGUGUCUCUAGGAAUCUUUUCCAAUAGUUUGCCCAUCACUGAAAUAAGUCUCACUGAUGUAUAAUUCCCAGGAUUUUCCUGAACAAAGGAAUAACAUUUGCCAUCCUCUCAUCAUUUAGUAUCGCUCAUCUAGCCAGUGAGGAUGCAAAGAUCAUUGCCGGGAUGCAGAAAUUUCUUCCCUCACUUCCCUUAGUAACAUGGGGUGUAUCCCAUCAAACCCCAGGAACUUACCUAUCUUAAUGUUUUUCAAAAUUUUUAGUACGUCCUCUUUCACCGUACUCACAAACAGCAAGGUCCCUUUCUUUCUUUCUUUUUCAAU